AUGGAGGAAGCGUCUGUGAAGACCAUUGGUCCUGGCUACGGUCGGUCCAUGACCUUUGGCGGUAUGUCCAUGUCGACUACGGUGCUUCUAGAGAAAGAGCAGGAGCACACUGCCUUAUCUGAGAUGCCAUGCCAGACUCAGGGAGAGCUGUUCCCUGCCCGAGGGCAGGAAGAGAUGCUCAGGCAGCAGGUGGAAGAGCCACAGGAGAAUGGCCAGAACAUCAAGGCAGAGCCACAAGCAGAGCUGCCCAAAGCUCAGAGUGACAUCAUGGCAGUGAAGAGAAAGAACAAGGAAGACAUGGGAAGAAUUCAAGAGGAGAAUCUCCAUCAGCAGAGGGGUGAUCAACAAAACCAGGUGAAUGAAAGAGUGGCAGCCACUCCACUCAUGAAAUGUCCUCUCUUUUGUUUGUUAGAGAACAUGAAGGAACAGCUGGAUGCAGAGCUUCAGACAGCUCACAGUAUGAUCAAGGCAAGGCAUAAGCGGCUGGAGGAAGAAAUGAAAAUCUUCAGAGAGAAACUUAAUCGCUUCCGUCAGUCUCUGCAAAACCAAGUGGCCAUCAAGAAAAUACAGCUUCAAGGACUGAGGAAGAACAAACUAAAAGUCAAUGAACUCAUAGUCAUGAAGGUGAACAGGAAUCCCAACCUGGUCAGCUGUUUAGACAGCUACCUUGUGGGUGAGGAACUGACCCUGGUUAUGGAGUACAUGGAUGGAGGCACUCUGAGCGAUGUCAUCAGCCAGACCUACCUGUCGGAAGAUGAGAUGGCAGCCAUCAGUCGGGAGUGCCUGCAAGGACUGCAAUUUCUUCAUUCAAACCACAUCAUCCACCAAGAUGUGAAGAGCAGAAACAUCCUUCUCAGAACUGACGGUUCUGUCAAGCUGGCUGACUUUGGCCUCUUUGCUCAGCUCAGCCCUGAGCAGGGCAGACGGAGCUCCGUGGCCGGCGCUGCUGGGUGGCUGGCGCCUGAAGUGGUGACAGGUCAACCAUGUGGCCCCAAAGUGGACAUAUGGUCUCUGGGAAUCGUGGGCAUCGAAAUGGUGGAACGAGAAGUUCCUUCCUGGAAUGCAACUCCUGUCUUGCCUCAACUCCUGAUAGCCACAGGAGGAAGACAAAAGCUGCAGCAGCCCAACCUAUUUUCAUCUUGCCUGCGUGACUUCCUGAGCUGCUGCCUGCAGACAGACGAGGAGCGGCGCUGGUCUGCCAAGGAGCUCCUGCAGCAUCCAUUUGUAACAUCAGCCGAGGCUGCAUCCACCCUGGCACCACUCAUCAUCUCAGUGAAGAGGAGGAUGGAGAAGCAAACAGCGCUAUAAUCAUAUCAGGACCAUUUUCUCCAUAGCCAUCUUAGAGUAGGAUUGUAGAGUAGGACUGUAGAGUAGGAUUUAGAGU